AGAUGAUGGGAAUCCUGACAGCAAUCUCUGGGUGGGGCUCAUCCUGGUCAUCUCCUUCUUCCUUAUCAUCAGUGUUUUGGCAUUUCCUAACGGUCCGUUCACCAGACCGCAUCCAGCGAUAUGGCGAAUAGUUUUUGGUCUGAGUGUCCUCUACUUCCUGUUCCUGGUUUUCAUCAUCUUCCUCAACUGGCAGCAGGUGAAGCAGCUAAUGUACUGGUUGGACCCGAACCUGCGUUAUGCCAAGAGGGAGGCAGACAUAAUGGAAUAUGCUGUGAACUGCCAUGUCAUCACCUGGGAGAGAAUCCUGAGCCAUUUUGACAUCUUUGCAUUCAGCCAUUUCUGGGGCUGGGGUAUGAAGGCCUUGCUCAUCCGAAGCUAUGGCCUCUGCUGGACCAUCAGUAUUACCUGGGAGCUUACUGAGCUAUUCUUCAUGCAUCUGCUGCCUAACUUUGCCGAGUGCUGGUGGGACCAGGUGAUUCUGGACAUUCUGCUGUGUAACGGAGGAGGCAUCUGGCUUGGCAUGACCGUCUGCCGCUUUUUGGAGAUGAGGACCUACCACUGGGCCAGUAUAAAGGACAUCCACACCACCACAGGGAAGAUCAAACGAGCCGUGUUACAGUUUACCCCUGCAAGCUGGACCUAUGUACGCUGGCUUGACCCGAAGUCUUCCCUGCAGCGAGUGACGGGUGUCUAUAUGUUCAUGAUCAUCUGGCAGCUAACGGAGUUGAACACAUUCUUCCUCAAGCACAUUUUCAUCUUUCCUGCAAGCCAUGCUCUUAGCUGGUGUCGGAUCCUGUUCAUUGGUAUCAUCACAGCUCCAACAGUGAGGCAGUAUUAUGCGUACCUUACAGACACACAGUGCAAGAGAGUUGGGACCCAGUGUUGGGUGUUUGGGGCAAUAGCCUUUCUGGAGGCCUUGGCGUGUAUUAAGUUUGGACAGGACUUGUUCUCAAAAACACAAAUCCUUUAUGUGUUCCUCUGGCUACUCUGUUUGGCCUUCAUUACAUUCCUGUGCCUGUAUGGAAUGGUGUGGGUUGCUGAAACUUAUGGUCCAAGAGACAAGAGCUUCUCAGAAUGUGAAGACAGUAAUUACGCAGAAUCUGCUGACUACCUGUCAGAAGGAUUUAAAGGAGAGACAGAGGUGGACAGCGACAGCCCUACAACCAGAUGUAGAGGAAAGGGCUCAGGAAAGACCAAAUCCAUCAACGGCCUGGACAGCCAGUAGGAGUUGGAGUUAGAGGCUGGUGGGCGACUCCUGAACUCACUCCAGGAGCCAGGUGUGAAGGAUCACAGGUUGAAAAAGGGGGUAAAGAUUCAACCAUUUCCUGGUGUAAUUUAAGUCUAAAAAGCCCCCACCUACAGUAAAGGAGUAGAGACAGGAGAGACUAAUCGGAAGAACAGGUCCAUGCAGUGUUAUUAGGAGUGCACAGAGGCAGGCUUGGACUACAGAGACGCACACUUAACUGAGUGCUGUAGUCAUAAAAAAACAACUCCUAAACCACUGAUCACAGGUUUCUGUGUGUGUGAAGAGAGAGAGAGAAAGAGUGGUAUUUUGUGCGUGUGUGAGAGAAGGGCAAUACAAAUUGCCGAUUCUAAAUGUGACUGCAUGAUCAUUGUAGCUGAUAAACUAUAAUUUACAAACAUUUAUCCUAUGAUACAGUAUAUCAUUGAUGGUUAAUGUACAUCUGACUGGACUACAUCAGCUUAAACUCCAGUAUGUCGGUUCAACGCAUUUCAAUGUUAAAAGCCAUUAUGUAGAAUCUAUCACAUUAUUAUGGAGCCUCUGUUUAUAGCACAGAAAGGCUAAAGUCUUUUAUUAGUAUCUGUUAUUGAUUGUCUAUUUACAUCAUUGAUGUUCACACUUGUUUCGUGGGCUUGAAUGUGGGCAGGAUUUCAAUGCAAGACAGCUUUAGCUUAGUAUCAACUGAGGUUUGUGUUUGACCUGGAACAAAGCAAAGCACACAGUUUAAGCACUUUUCAGAAUGUUUUCUUGCAAAUACUGUACAUUUUGUAAUGUUUGAGUAUUUUGUGAAUCAUUGUGACCUUGGGUGAUUUUAUUCUCCUGUCCAUCUGUGGCUGCUAUCAUUUUUUUUUUUUUUUUUUACUGUACUGAUAACGGAGGGCAAUUAUUCAAAUUCCUGCAUGUCCUGUCUGUGUGCAGGUGGCGUCGUUUUACUGUCAACCUUCUUGUUAUUGCAUAUAUUGCAUUUGCAUGGCUGUGUCAAAUCAAAUCAAAGUGUUUUAGUAGGAAAAGAGUAGUCAACAGUUCUAUAUUACACCACACACCAGGAUGCCAGUAUUGUUAUUUUUAUUUUUUUCACUGUAACAUUUUAAUUUACCCCUUGUGCCUCUUUGCAUGUUGUUUUAUAUUCCCAACUUUUCUCAGUUUGUACUAAAUUUGGGCUUUCUGUGUUUGAUUCUUCUGUGCUUCGAGUGCUUUACUAAAGGUUUAUUUUCACUUGCUCUGUCAGCAUCAUCUCAGUACAGAAAUAUCCAUCAUAAUCCUCGACAAUCCAGACGUUGACCUCUGUGGAAUGGACCAGGCUCCCGUGCUACAGUAGACACUAUAAAUGGUACAUUGUCUCUGGAUAUAGAUGUCAUUUGCCAAAAGCAAUUCUGUCGAAAAUGACUUGUGCUGUUCUUUUUCACUGUGAAAUAAUGACACAUAUUAAAAUGUUUUACAUUUCCUCUUAAAA